AUGGCCCAAAAUGCUCGACAAAUUUGGCUCACGUACGAUGUGAAAACAGUAAAUGAAAUUGACUUAACUUCUAUUAAAAGUCAGUUACAGGAAAAUGCACAACAAAUAGCCACCCUCACUACAUUGAUGUCUAAGUUUGUUGGGAAUGAAUCUAAGGCUAAAGUCUGUGGUAUUUGUUUUGAUUUUUCUCACUCUACUGAUGCUUGUCCUACUGUGCAAUCUGAAAAUGUGAAUGCAUUAGGAGGUUUUUCUGGUCAGCCCCAAAGAAAAUAUGACCCCUUUUCACCAACUUAUAACGAAGGUUGGAGAGACCAUCCGAACUUAAGAUAUGGACAUAAACCUCAGUUUACUCAAGCUAAUCCUCGACCUUUUGUUCAUCAAAACCCUCAAUCUCAACCUUCUAACCCUUCCUUAGAAGACUUAGUGAAGCAACUUACCACCCAAAUUGGCCAAGUCCAUAAUCAAAAUAUUGAGUAUCAAAAGAAAACUGAUUCCCAUCUCCAACAACUUGACACCCAGAUUGGUCAAAUUUGUACUUCUCUAAGUAAUAUAGAAAAUCAUGUGUCAGGGAAACUACCAUCUCAACCUUUGCAAAAUCCAAGUAAACAAGUUAAUGCAAUCUCACUAGAAAGAAGCACCAUAAUGGAUGAGCCUUUAGGAAAUUUGAAUGAAGAUGAAGUUAAUGAAAUCCAGGGAAAUAGAAUUCCGUUAUUAGAUGCAAUAAAGGUGGUUCCUAAAUAUAGUAAACUCUUGAAUGAUUUUCUCACUACAUCUAACAAACACAAAGGAGAAGAAGUUUUGACACCUCUUAUUAUGCCACCCCCAAAAUGUGAAGACCCUGGAUCAUUCUCAAUUCCUUGUAGGAUAUGUGAGACUAUUUUUCGACAAUGUGUGUUAGAUUUAGGAUCUGCAGUAAAUGUUUUGCCCUUAUCUUUAUAUGAUAAGUAUAAGAUGGGACCAUUAAAGACUUGUAGUGAGAUACUUACUAUGGCUGAUGGUAGUAGUGUUUGUUCUGUCGGACUAUUAGAGAACAUUCUCGUUCAAGUCAAGCACAUGUGCUUUCUGGUUGAUUUUAUUGUUAUCAAUGUAAUGCAUAAUUCUGAGAUUUUAUUAGGAAGACCAUUCCUAAAGACUUCAAAAGCAUUAAUUGAUGUUGCUCACAACUGUGUCACUCUUGAGAGCAAUGGAGAAAAACUGAAAUUGAAUGUAUUUGAACAGGAUGGUUCGACAUAG